GGUUGCAAGCACCAGACGUUCAAAGAACAACUUAAAAAGUUAUUUUUUUUUAGGAAUAAUUUUCAGCUUAGAUAUUCAUAAGACUAAGACAGAAUGUUACUUAAAGAAAGCAGACCUUUUAUCACAAGCUUACCAAUGGUUGACACCUUAGCAACCGGAAAGCAUGUAAUUAUUGAUUACAUGACGGAGAGGCAAUUUUCCGAAACUUAUCUGAUGAUUCAAGAAGCCGCCGAAAAUGGAGAUGGUUUUGGUGUUGAUGAAUUUUUGAAUGAAAAUUUGUUCAGAGAGGAAUUAAUAGGCAGCGAUUGCUUUGUCAUAACGUGCAAGGAAACUGGAGAACUUUUAGCUAGUUUUAUGCUAGCGGUCAGCAAAUUUUACCGCGGUGCAUCUUCGGUGGUGGAUCCUUUCAUUAUUGUAAAAUCAACCGCACGCGGUCAAGGAUUAGGGCUGUUUGCUAUGCUGAAAGCCAUAGACUUUUCAAAACGACUAGGUUAUGAAGCUAUGUAUGUGGACACCUUCACAAACAAUGUUGCUCUUUUACACAUUCUUAAGAAGAUUGGAGGCUUUCAACAAGUUGGUCUCUUACCAGUUGGCGGAAAAAUGAAGAAUGGAGAAAUCGUUGGGUCCGUUAUUUUCUACAUGGAACUGUCAAAUGACUGCACGUGAGAAAAAUGGAUAUCAUUUUAACAACCAACUUGUGGUCAUCCCAAGAUCAUAAAAUUCCCGAGUCGCCCAAAAUCUCGGCUAUUGAAUGAACAUGACAGAAGGAGCGCCAAGGUCACCGUGAGCACGAACACGCUCAAUCCUGCGGAACACUUGUGGAAGCUUACCAAUGACGUUCGACGCCGUGCCGAAGUUGCACACUUGGAAAUAUUUGUAGCCAGGACAA